AUGCACACAUCUACCAGAGGAUGGAUGGUCAGGUUUUUCCUGAUAAGCAGUUUCUUGUCAACGCUGGUUGAAUCCAAACCAGCGACUAAUCGUUCCAAUUUUGACGACGAUAAUGACCUCGCCGAUUUCGGGCACCUUUUGAUCGAUCUGGUUGCCAAGAUGAAGGCUGGCCAUUGCUAUGCCUUCAUCACGGAUAAUAUCUACCAGGUUGUGUUAACGGGUCGUCUCUUCCGCGAGAUUGAAACCUUUCCACGUUACGUAGUUCAAAUUCCGGACUAUGAAGACACGCUAGAUCCCGGAACACGUGUCCGGUGCAUGCUCGAGGAAGUUCGGAAAAUCGGUUGCGGGGCCUAUGUUAUAUUGCUGACCAAUGGGAUCCAGAUGGAGCGGUUGUUACGCUUUGGGGAUAGGACAAGGAUAAUCAAUACUCGCGCAAAGUUCAUCAUUCUCCACGACUAUCGCCUGUUCGUGCCUGACCUGCAUUUUCUGUGGAAACGGAUAGUAAAUGUUGUUUUCGUCAGACAGCUGGUGAUUGACAAAGCCAAGAAAAGGCAUGAAAGCCACCACUACGAACUAAGCACCGUUCCGUUUCCGUUCCCCUUGAGAGGAGUGUUUAUUUCGCGAAGGCUCGAUUUUUGGUUCAACGGAAAAUUUCGAAAAGGCCGAAAACUGUUCUCGGAUAAGACCACUAACUUGGACGGACAAUCGAUGAAGGUCGUAGUGCUGGAGCAUACACCGGCGAUAUUCAGAACCACCCACAAUGAGACGGACGAGCAUUUGAAGUACUACGGGUUGGAAGUGGAGCUGCUCAAAGCGAUUUCCGAAGCAAUGAAAUUUGAAAUGGAUUUCUACGAAAGCGAUGAUGCAGCCGUUGCCAUGUGGGGUACCGUAACAGACGGCGAAAAUGCUACAGGAUUACUCGGAGAAAUGAAUGAAGGCCACGCUGACUUUGCGUUGGCUGAUCUCCACCACACGCAAUACCACUUGGAAAUCAUGGACCUGAGCAUCCCGUACAACACCGAGUGUCUGACGUUCCUGACUCCGGAAGCGCUGACCGACAAUUCUUGGACGACGCUAAUACUGCCUUUCACCGGAGGAAUGUGGGCUGGCGUCCUGGCAUCGCUGUUUUCGAUCGGAACCGUAUUCUAUGCCCUGUCGAGGCUUCUCAUGUUCGUACGCCACGAACAAUCCUAUCGCAGCGACUUGGAUAUGAUUGCAAAAAGAAGUAGAAAACGCAAUCGGAAAGUUCAUUUCAAGAUAGUUUGUGGUAUGGUGAAUAGCUAUAAGAGAGCACUGGGUAACCGGAAAUGGUUGAAGUUCAAGAAGAAAUCGACGGAUACCUCAAAUAUGAACAAACUGAAAAUGCUCAAAAUGAUUCCAUUCAAAAGACAAGCUCUUCCUUGGAAAGAUCCCCUGCCUCCCCGGGACAUAUUUGAUACUUUCUCUGGAUGUAUCAUCUAUACGUAUAGUAUGCUUUUGCUAGUUUCUCUGCCACGACUCCCAAAAGGUUGGCCUUUGCGCCUCCUGACUGGAUGGUAUUGGAUCUAUUGCAUACUUCUGGUGGUUGCCUAUCGGGCUUCAUUAACCGCAAUUUUGGCCAAUCCUGUGGCUAGGGUUACCAUCGACAAGCUGAAAGAUCUCGCCGAUAGCCCCAUCCGCUGUGGAGCUUGGGGAGAACAGAACAAAUUAUUCUUUCAAAGUGCUUCGGAUCAAGUGUCCAUGCAGAUAGGGCAGAAGCUCGAGCAUACCCCCAAAGCGGAAGCCGCGGUCGAACGAGUCGUUGAAGGACAUUUUGCGUAUUAUGACAACGUGUACAUGUUGAAACAUCUUCGGGCAACGCGAAAGUCUGCUAAAGCUCGCGAAACGUUACACAUCAUGGAAGAAUGUGCCGUCCACAUGCCGAUAUCGAUUGGACUGGAGAAAAACUCACCGCUGAAACCAAAGGUGGACAAGUAUGUUCGGGCCCUGGUGGAAGCUGGGCUCACGAAGAAAUGGCUUGCCGACGCCAUUGAAGAGUUCCAGUCCAACGUCGAAAUUCCCCCACAAGAAGCUACGAUGGACUUGCAAAAGCUAACGGCUGCCUUCAUAGCACUGGCCAUUGGUUACGGCGUUUCACUGCUAGCCUUCAGCGCAGAGAAGCUGUACUGGCGGUUUGUGGUUGAGAAGCAUCCUGCCUAUGAUAAGUAUAUCGUUGGAUCGUACCGCGGAAAGGUUGUGAGAUUUUGAAGGAAUGAUCUUUAAGGAAUAAAGUA